AACCUGUCAGGCUUUGUCAGUGACGACCUUCCACAACUCAAGUACACUUUCUUCACUGAUCGGUACUUUUCAGAUAGAGAAAUAAAGCGAGAUACUCCGAGGGUGAUUGACUUUGUCUACAUUUUCUCUGCAUCUGAUAGCCAUUCUUUCAUCAAUCAGUUGAACUUUCUCAUCUCCAGGCCUCAGACGGAUAGACGCCUGUCAACCUUCGUUAGCUGCCUCGGCGGGAACAACACAAACCCCUCCAUCGACAUUCAUCGACUGCAGAUUUCUUCAGCUGCAUACUGUUCGGCGAGUCUGAGAGGCCUAUCGAGUCGCAAUCAUGGACUCGAUGAGGUCUCUCAACACCUCACUACCUUCGACUCGACCACCACCUCCCGAACAACUUCUUCAAGCCUUCAAGAACGCUGCCCUUUCGGUCACCAACCUCUAUAAGUCUGCCGUGACAGAUCAAAAUGCCAGUCGGCAAGCAGGAUAUCAGGAGGCUCUGGAGGAUUUGUUGAGUUUUUUGGACCGCGAAAACCUGGGUUUGCAAGAUGGGGAAGGAUGGCGAGUGAGACAAUGGGCAACAGAGCGAUAUGACGGAUCUGCACACCCACAAGGCAAUGACAGCGAUGACGAGCGCAGCGAGAUUUGCACACGACCUAGGAGCCUCACUCCUGCCAAAGAAGAACCACCCGCACCAUCAAUCACUGAGAGCGAGCCGGCUAGAGCAGAGUCCGCAACACAGACUGAUGAACCCGACGCCUCAACUGAUCAUGAACCCGCCCCGGCCACUGAAGUGUUCCGAUUUACGGGUCAUUCAUCUACCAAUCAUUCGGAUCACAUGCAGACGGACGACGACAGCCAUAUUGUCAACGCUGCCGAAGCCUCGUCCUCGGUCUCAGCCUCAUCCAGUGCCCCGGUCCGGCUUGAGAUUGUGAACAAUAAGGGAUCACGUACACCUCACAGACAUGGUGGAAACCAACGCAACGUUAACAACAGAUCGUCCACUCGCGAAUUCACAUUUACGGCAGGCACCAAACGGAAAUUGCAGUUUCCCGAUUUUUUCGACAUAUCCAACAUUGGCUCUCGUGAAGGGUCCGGAGGGAACAAACGGGGACGUUCUUCGUGAGGUUUGAUUACGACGGGGGGUUUUGAUUCUGCCUGUCACGUUUCUAAGACUUCAGCGUUUAUGGACUUUCUCAUGAGGACAUGACCAACAGCAUAGCGAAUUUUGUUGAUUAGCAUACAUAUAUGAUAACUGCUCGUGUUGAGCAACUUCCUUCCAAGGACCAGUCGUUGGUGGUCUAGAUUUGGGCCA